CGCUCCCGUCCCGCCGCGGCCCGGCUCUCCCGUCCCGCCGCCCCAGCGCCCGGCCGGCUGGCUCGGCGCCGGCAGGCCCCGCCGCUGACCCAGAGCCGUUUUAAGAGGCGGCGGGGCGGCCGGAGGAGGCAGCGAGCGGCGCUAUAAAGGCGGGCGGGAGGCGGCCCAGGGGGCGGCGGAGGCUCCCGGUGCUGCCAUGGACUUCAACGUGAAGAAGCUGGCGUCGGAUGCGGGGGUCUUCUUCUCCCGGGCCAUGCAGUUUACUGAAGAAAAGCUGGGUCAGGCUGAGAAGACUGAACUAGAUGCUCACUUUGAAAACCUUCUGGCCAGGGCAGACUGCACAAAGAACUGGACAGAGAAGAUCUUGCGUCAGACUGAAGUCCUGCUGCAGCCAAACCCCAGUGCCAGAGUAGAAGAAUUCCUCUAUGAGAAGCUCGACCGGAAGGUGCCUUCCCGGGUCACCAACGGGGAACUGCUGGCACAAUACAUGACAGAAGCAGCUAAUGACUUUGGGCCAGGGACUCCUUAUGGGAAGACCUUGAUAAAAGUUGGAGAGACUCAAAGGCGCUUGGGUGCAGCAGAACGGGACUUCAUCCACUCUGCCUCCAUCACCUUCCUCACCCCCCUGCGCAACUUCCUGGAAGGGGAUUGGAGAACCAUUGCUAAAGAGAGGAGGAUCCUGCAGAACCGCCGCCUGGACCUGGAUGCCUGCAAAGCCAGGUUGAAGAAAGCCAAAGCUGCCGAGGCAAAAGCAGCGUGUGAGGGAGAUGCUGUCCCUGACUUUCAGGAGACUAGACCCCGUAAUUACGUUCUCUCCGCCAGCGCCUCAGCGCUUUGGAGCGACGAGGUGGAAAAGGCAGAGCACGAGCUGAGACUCACACAGACUGAGUUCGAUCGGCAGGCGGAGGUGACGCGGCUGCUGCUGGAGGGGAUCAGCAGCACACACGUGAACCAUCUUCGCUGUCUCCAUGAGUUUGUGGAGUCUCAGACCAACUACUAUGCCCAGUGUUACCAGUACAUGCUGGACCUGCAGAAGCAACUGGGCAGCUCCAAAGGAGAAAUAUUUUCAGGCACAUUCGUAGGCAACGCAGACUCCACCUCUCCUCCCCCAGCAGCUGCCUCUCCUCCAGCUGUUGCUGCUGCCACACUCCCAGCUGUGCCCACCAUCCCAGUUGUGCCCACCAUCGUGGGGGUGCCCAGCACUGUGGCAGAGGGGGUGCUGAACCCCAAUGAAGUCAAACCUCCUGCCAGCGGGACACGGAAGGCCAGAGUCCUCUAUGAUUACGAGGCAGCUGACAGCACCGAGCUGGCACUUCUUGCAGAUGAGAUGAUCACUGUCUACAGCCUGCCAGGCAUGGAUCCAGACUGGCUCAUAGGGGAAAGAGGGAACCAGAAAGGGAAAGUUCCUGUCACUUACUUGGAACUGUUAAGUUAAAUGUCUCCAGGAAGAAUGUACAAGCAGAAUGCACCCCUCAUCUCCUGGCACUUCCAAUGCGGAUUUCUUCAUCCGAGACCAUUGCUCUUUUCAGGGUUGACACUCCAUUGCUAAUAUGGGAAUUGUGGGCAAGAAGUGGCAAAACUCCUGCAGUAAGGCUUUGGGAAAGGGCUGAUGGCACCCAGGACUGGAUUGGCUCCCUACCAGUGCAGCUUUGGGGUUAGUCUUGAUGGUGCAAGAUUUCUUGAUUACUUUUCUCUCCCCGCCCCAGCCGUGCUGGUGGCAGCUGCUUCCCCAGCACCAGCUGUCCCCCCUCAGCACCUGCUCACAGAAUUUAAGUUCCACCUCCCUUGUGUCUGGUGUGGGUUAGUGCCUGUCUGCUCCUCCCCUUCUGUUCUUCAGCAGAAUUGCCCCAGUCAAACCAUCAAGCAUUCCAGUGGGGCUGUGUCCCACACAAACCCUCUGAUGUGUUCUAGCCCCUAAGGCAAGGAGGCUGAAUUUCAGAAUUCAGAGCCUGUUAAACCCACCCACCCUGCUGACCUGUGGGGGAGCAGCAAGGUGAGGCCCUCCAAGAGCCCAGCUUGCUCUGGUGGUGCCUGAUGGCUUCCAUCUAGAACUGUCCUCUGAAACUGGAAGGAGGUUUGUGAAGACCAACCUAUUCAUGCAGGGCCUGUAUGUCGAAAAUGAAACCUCAGUGCAAGGGACCAUGCAUCUUGCUUGCAUUUCCUCUGAGAAACUGCUCUUGGACUGCAAAGAGUUUACAAGCCUUUUUACAAGCUUUGUUCCCUGUGUUAAUGGUCCAGGCUUUUCUUUCAGCAUGUCUGUUCCAGGCAUGUUUUAGCCUGACUUUAUGUUCACCCCAGAUCACUGAUUUAACUAAUGCUUCCCCCCUCCCCUCCCAGCAGUGAACAGACUUGGUGCAUCCCAAUACAGAUUGUCCCACUUGUUAUCUCCAACCACGAGCUAGUCCUGGCUCACACACAAAACAAUCCAGGCUGCCCUGGCUGCAUGUGAUGGUUUAGCUCAAAGGGAGUGCUCAGGUGUGUGUGUGUGUCUUUCAAUUCUAUUAUGAGCUUUUUAUCCAGAGCUCAGCUAAAGAACUUCCACUGCUGUGCAAUUAGUUCUCCACUCAAGCUGGAUGGAAGAGAAACUCACCUGCACCAGGCUCUCUGUUCACAGCCUUUCCCUGGGUAUGUCAGAACUAACUUUGCUUGUUUAUUGAUCUUUUGCACUUCCCCCCAUGGUAUCGUGACCACUCUAAUGUAACAGGGCACUGAGCACCUGUCUCUGUAGGGCUCAUGGUUUUCAGCACUUAUUUGCCAAUAAACAAACUGCCUGACCU